AUGGGUAGAAGAAUCGGAGGAGGUAGGUCUCUUCAACAAACCCUCCGCCGCCGUAUUGAAGCCUGCAAGACCAUAUACCCCACCGCCGAAAAAAUCGCCCACCAUCUCCGUCUAACUUAUUCCGAUUAUCGCCGAACUAAACACCAAACCCUUGUUCGAUUUGUUCAGGAAGCGCUUCAUUCCACCACCAAGCUUAAUCACACUCCCACGCCCAAUCGUACCCAUGACGACGAUGGAGAAUCUCAAAGCACGUCUCGAAAGCGUAGGAAGAAAAUCGAUGAGGGUGGAGAGAGAUUGCAAACGAUGGAAGCGUUGUUACACGUGGGAGGGAGGGUGCAGAUCCCUUCCUCAUCGUCCUCUGUUCUGGAGAGUGACGAUGAGGAAACUUUGUCAAUGUCGGAGGACGCAAUUUACGGGGAUAAGGUGGAGCCUGGGUUUGAUUUGAUGAAGACAAUGCUAAGGAUGUCGUAUACACCGAAGAAAGUGUUGGGGGAGGAAAAAAAUGUUGAAUUGGAGGUGGGAAAUAGCAGUAAGGGAACUGCUGCUAGUGCUCCUGUGAAUGAAGAGACCGGGAAUAGUAGUAAAGUGACUUUUGUGAAUGAGGAGAGGAAUUCGGUUUUGAAUGAUGAGGUGAAGAGGAAUGAUGGACCGAGGUUUAAAGAUUUGGGUGGGAUGAAAGAGGUUUUGAAGAAACUGAGGAGGAUGAUAUUGCCUUUGUUUCUCCCUCAUACACUGUUACAGGUGAAGGUAAUGAAUGGAGGCAUUUUGUUGCAUGGACCAUCUGGAUGCGGGAAGACCACACUUGCUAAUGCAAUAGCAAAUGUCACCGGUUUACCUUUCUAUCAGAUUUCAGCUACGGAGGUGGUUUCUGGAGUUUCAGGUGCAUCUGAAGAAUAUAUAAGAGAACUUUUUGUUAAAGCGCAAAGAACUGCACCUUCAAUCAUCUUCAUUGACGAGAUUGAUGUAAUCUCUUCCAAAAGAGAUAAUUUGCAGAGUGGCAUGGAGAGACGUAUUGUGUCACAAUUAAUGACUUGCAUGGAUCAAUUAAAUAAUCCAGCGGAUUCAGAGAAUAGUCACGGCUACGUUCUGGUAAUUGGAGCAACAAAUAGGCUUGAUGCUGUUGACCCUAACUUGAGAAGGCCUGGUCGGUUUAAAGAUGAAAUUAUGAUUACCAAUCCUGAUGAAUCUGCCAGGAAGGAGAUACUGUCUCUUCUUACUUCCCAUAUUAGAUUUGAUGGUUCAUUUGAUAUACAGAAGAUAGCCAGGGUUACCUCAGGAUUUGUUGGUGCUGAUUUGAGAGCUCUGGUUGAGGGGGCUUAUAUUCUGGCAAUAGAGAGAAAUUUUGAUGAAAAGAUAUCUGAAUUGUCUCAAAAUCUCAAUGAGGACGCUGAAUACGGGUGGAGGACUGAAGACUGGUCGGCUGAAGGAGUAGAUAUUGUUAUCAAAAUGUCUGAUUUUGAGGAGACCAUCAAAAUGAUGCAACCUUCAUUAAAAAGAAAAGGAUUCUCUACCCUUCCUGAUGUAAAAUGGGAAGACGUUGGGGGUUUUGAGCUUUUAAGAAAGGAGUUUGAACUAUACAUUACAAGACGUAUAAAAUAUCCUGAAUCUUAUGAGACUCUAGGGGUUGCUAUUGAGACAGGUUUUUUGCUUUAUGGACCUCCUGGUUGUGGUAAAACACUGAUAGCUAAAGCUGUUGCUAACGAAGCAGGCGCUAGUUUUAUCUAUAUUAAGGGUGCCGAACUCUUAAAUAAAUAUGUUGGAGAAAGUGAGCUUGCAGUUCGAUCAUUAUUUGACCGCGCAAGGACAUGUGCGCCAUGUAUAAUCUUUUUCGAUGAGUUUGAUGCUUUGGCAACAAAACGUGGUACGGAAGGUAGUUGGGUUACUGAACGACUAUUGAACCAGUUACUUCUUGAGUUGGAUGGCGCAGAGCAGAGGCGAGGUGUUUUUGUGAUCGGUGCUACAAAUAGGCCUGAUGUAAUAGACCAUGCUGUCCUACGACCUGGUAGAUUUGGUAAACUUGUUUACGUUCCACUACCAAGUCCAGACCAACGAGUUUUGAUAUUGAAAGCAAUUGCAAGGAAGAUGAAUAUUGAUGCCAGUGUUGAUUUAAGUGCCAUAGCAAGAUCGGAAGCUUGUGAAAAUAUGAGUGGUGCUGAUCUUGCUGCAUUGAUGAAUGAAGCAUCAAUAGCUGCUCUUGAAGAUACAACUCAGGAUGAAUUUAAUAAAAUCAUCAAGAGUAAACAUUUUGAGAUAGCAUUGAGUAAAGUGUCGCGAUCUGUGUCGGACAAGCAAAAACAAUACUACGAGCAAUUGUCAGAGAACUUGAAAGCAUGCGCUAAAAUGAGGUAA